UGCGCAUUUCCGUUCCCGUCACGUCACUUCUGGAUGUCAAUAUGCGGCUCGGUGCGGCGCUGGGAGACGGAGCCUGCACGGGGAAGAUGUAAACCGAGCGAGCACCGAACAGCAGCACGAACCGAGCACACGCACCGAGCGUCACCUCCAGGGGACCCCGCGCCGCGCCGCUCCUCGGGGCCGACACACGGAGCCGCGCACACGGACACCGACCUGCUCCGCGGACCGUCUGCGGACACAGCAGCCAUCUUUUGUGCGAGAAUGUACGGGGCGACACGGCGGGCCUGCUCGGGCUCCGGCCGGGGCCGGGGCCGGAGCCUGCUGAUGCUGACAACCGCGCUGCUGCUGUCGGUGGCCGGGCUGCUCACCGGGCUGCCCGGCGGCACCGAGGCGAAGGAAUGCGACAAACCGUGCAUGAACGGACAGUGCAACCCCGCCACCGGCAGCUGUGUCUGCUUCCCCGGCUGGGUCGGGGACCAAUGCCAGCACUGCGGAGGGCGAUUCAGGUUGACGGGGCCCUCUGGUUAUCUGACUGACGGUCCAGGAAACUACAAGUACAAGACCAAGUGCACCUGGCUGAUCGAGGGACAGCCCAACACCAUACUCCGAUUAAGAUUCAACCACUUUGCCACUGAGUGCAGCUGGGACCACCUGUACGUCUACGACGGAGACUCCAUCUACGCUCCCCUCCUCGCUGCUUUCAGUGGUCUAAUUGUUCCUGAGCGUUACGGGAACGAGACGGUUCCUGAGGUGGUGUCUCAGUCCGGCUACGCCCUGCUGCACUUCUUCAGCGAUGCCGCUUACAACCUGACCGGCUUCAACAUUUCCUACAGGGUGAACACAUGUCCCAACAACUGCUCCGGCCGUGGCGAGUGUCGCGUGGGGAAUUCCACCGGUUCGGUGUACUGCGAGUGCGAGGCCAACUGGAAAGGGGAAGCCUGUGACGUCCCCUACUGCCUGGCUGACUGCGGCUCCCCCGAACGAGGUCACUGCCAGGGCAAGUCCUGCGUCUGCAAGACCGGAUGGCAAGGUCCAGACUGCUCCGUCUCAGUGCCUGCCAACUCCUCCUUCUGGAGUCGGGAGGAGUACACCCAGGCCGGACUAACCAGGGCUUCCCACAAGGCCGUGGUGGAGCAGGGCAUCAUGUGGGUCAUUGGAGGCUACGUCUUCAACGCCUCUGACUAUCACAUGGUCAAAGCGUAUAACCUCGGUAACAAGAGCUGGCUGAGCCUCGACCCGUCCGUCAACACUGUCACACCACGAUAUGGCCACUCACUGGCUCUGCAUGAGGGGAAGAUCUACAUGUACGGAGGAAAGAUCGACUCCACUGGAAACGUGUCCAGCCAGCUGUGGGUUUUCCACAUCCAGAACCAGACCUGGGUCCUCCUGAGCCCCCGGGCCAAGGAGCAGUACGCUGUGGUGGGACACUCGGCCCACAUUGUCCCUCCCGUCCAGGAGGGGGCCAGUCCCAUCAUGCUGGUUCUGUUCGGACACUGUCCUCUGUACGGUUACAUCAGCCAGGUGCAGGAGUACAACAUCGCCAAGAACACGUGGAACAUGGUGUCCACAGACGGGGCUCUGGUCCAGGGCGGAUACGGACACAGCAGUGUUUUCGACCCCGGAACCAGAGCCAUCUACAUCCACGGUGGCUACAAGGCCUUCAGUGCCAACAAGUAUGGCCUGGCUGGAGACCUGUACAAGUUCGACGUGGACAAGAGGAAAUGGACUGUUCUGAGAGACAGCGGCUUCUUCCGUUACCUCCACACAGCGGUGAUAGUGAGCGGGACGAUGCUGGUGUUCGGAGGAAACACCCACAACGACACAUCAAUGAGCAACGGUGCCAAGUGCUUCUCCUCAGACUUCCUGGCCUACAGUCUGGCAUGCGACGAGUGGACAGUGCUGCCUCGCCCGGACCUCUACCAUGACGUCAAUCGCUUCGGACACUCGGCAGUAUUCCACGACAGUGUGAUGUACGUGUUCGGCGGCUUCAACAGCCUGCUGCUUAGUGACGUCCUCAUGUACACCUCGCCCAGCUGCUCGGCCUUCUCCAGCCCGGCCUCCUGCAACCAGGCCUGGCCCGGGAUCCAGUGCGUCUGGAACAGCAGCCAGGCGACCUGCCUGCCCUGGGAGAGCAACGCUGUGGGAAGCGAACCGCAGCAGCUGUCGGCGUCCUGUAACACACGAUCAUACGCUGAUAACGAGAGGUGUGACCAGUACACGGACUGCUACAGCUGCACGGCCAACACCAACGGCUGCCAGUGGUGUUCAGGCCAGUGUGUGUCUCUGGGAAGCAACUGCACCUCUGCUGCGGGGUCCAUCGGGGAGUUCGAAGCUUGUCCCAAGGACAACCCGUCCUACGUGUGCAACAAGAAAACCAGCUGCAAGAGCUGCGCCGUGGACCAGAACUGUCAGUGGGAACCUCGCAACCAGGAAUGCAUCUCACUGCCGGAAAACGUGUGCGGUGAAAGUUGGCAUCUGGUGGGCAACUCCUGCCUCAAGUUCAUCACGGCAAAGGACUCGUACGACAACGCCAAGCUGGCCUGCAGGAGCCACAACGCCGUCCUGGCCUCGCUGACCACGCAGAAGAAGGUGGACUUUGUGCUGAAGGAGCUGCAGAUUAUGAGCGUGCUGUACAAAACCAUGGUGACGCCCUGGGUGGGACUCCGGAAAAUCAACGUGUCGUACUGGUGCUGGGAGGACAUGUCGCCCUUCACCAACACCACCCUGCAGUGGCUGCCCGGCGAGCCGAGUGACGCCGGGUUCUGCGGUUACCUGGCCGAGCCGGCGUCCAGCGGGCUGAAAGCACAGACCUGCAUCAACCCGGUGAACGGCAGCCUGUGUGAACGACCGGCCAAUCACAGCGCUAAGCAGUGCCGGACGCCGUGCGCCAUGAGAAGCACCUGCAGCGAGUGCACCAGCAGCAGCUCCGAGUGUAUGUGGUGCAGCAACAUGAAGCAGUGCGUCGACUCCAACGCCUACGUCGCCUCCUUCCCCUUCGGACAGUGCAUGGAGUGGUACACCAUGAACACAUGUCCACCGGAGAACUGCUCCGGGUACAGAACAUGUGGCCAGUGUCUGGACCAGCCGGGCUGCGGUUGGUGCACGGAUCCCAGUAACACGGGCAAAGGCCAAUGCAUCGAGGGCUCGUAUCGCGGGCCCUUCCAGACCUCCGUGCCGGCACCGUCCACCCUCCCCGGCCUGCCCGCCAGCCCCCAGCCGGCCCUCAAUGCCAGCAUGUGCCCCGGCGAGGCCAAAUAUAACUGGUCGUUCAUCCACUGCCCAGCUUGUCAGUGUAACGGUCACAGCCAGUGUGUCAACGACAGCGUGUGCGAGAAGUGCGAGGACCUGACGACCGGCCGACACUGCGAGAGCUGCAUCUCCGGCUUCUACGGAGAUCCCACCAACGGGGGCAACUGCCAGCCCUGCAAGUGUAACGGCCACGCCAGCAUGUGCAACCCCAACAACGGCAAGUGCUUCUGCACCACGAAAGGCAUCAAAGGAGAUCGCUGCCACCUGUGUGAAGUGGAGAAUCGUUACCAAGGCAACCCCCUCAAAGGAACAUGCUACUACACUCUCCUCAUCGACUACCAGUUCACCUUCAGCCUGUCGCAGGAGGACGACCGCUACUACACCGCCAUCAACUUCGUGGCCACACCUGAGGAGCCUAACCGGGAUCUCGACAUGUUUAUAAACGCCUCCAAGAACUUCAACCUGAACAUCACCUGGGCCACGAGCUUCACUGCAGGCACGCAGACCGGGGAGGAGAUCCCCAUCGUCUCUCGGAGCAACAUCAAGGAGUUCAAGGACAGCUUCUCCAACGAGAACUUUGACUUCCGCAACAACCCGAACAUAACAUUCUUUGUCUAUGUCAGCAACUUUACGUGGCCCAUUAAGAUCCAAAUCGCCUUCUCCCAGCACAGUAACUUCAUGGAUCUGGUGCAGUUCUUUGUCACGUUCUUCAGCUGCUUCCUGUCCCUCCUCCUGGUGGCCGCCGUGGUUUGGAAGAUCAAACAAAGCUGCUGGGCGUCACGGCGACGAGAGCAACUGCUUCGAGAGAUGCAGCAGAUGGCCAGCCGGCCUUUCGCCACCAUCAACGUCGCCUUGGAGACGGACGAGGAGCCACCGGACCUGAUAGGAGGAAACGUCAAGUCUGUCCCGAAGCCCAUCGCCCUCGAGCCCUGCUUUGGAAACAAAGCCGCCGUGCUCUCCAUCUUUGUGCGGUUACCCAGGGGCACCGGCGGCAUCCCACCUCCAGGACAGUCUGGUCUGGCAGUAGCCAGUGCGCUGGUGGACGUCUCUCAGCAGAUGUGCGUGGGCUACAAGGAGAAGUCCGGAGGCCUGAGGAACCGCAAACAGCAGCCCACCGCACAGCCCUCCACCUGUAUCUGACCACGCCCGCCCCACCGUCCUCUUCUACCACCCCGCCACCCGAUGCUCUCCCAUCAGCGCCCUCCCCGCCUCGGCCCCAUCCUUCAGAGACUUCUGCCAGCUCCGCUCUGGCAGGGAGAGGUGCAUGCUGGGACACAGAACUGUUAUAUUUUUGGUGCGGUGCCGAGUCGUCCGACUGGUCUGGAGGCACAGCGGGCUUCCCCUCCCUCUCCUCCUGCUGGAGCUCCGGGUUCCCCACGAACUGAACGACAGAAACUGGACACAAAGAGGGGGAGCGAGGGAGGGAGGGAGGGAGGGAGGGGGUGCUGACUUCACCCUUUCCUCUCGAAAAAAAGAAAAAAACAUUUCACAUUUGUCGACACCGCCUCGUUAGAGUCGAGGCGGCCACGGCUUGCUGCUAGAAGAGAUCCUCGUCUCGUAGUUUCUGAAAAAUCUUUGAGACUUUGCAACCCUCUAUAUUCUCCUUUUACUUAAGUUAUUGUUGUUCUUUGUUCUGUAUUGUUUUAUUUUGAAGGCAGGAACAAACUGGACAUGUUCAACUGCGCAUGCACACACACACACACACACACACACACACAGGUCCAAAAACUUUCCAGGCUCUUGUACCUAUUUGUAGCCCAUUGUCGCCUGCUGUCAUGUUCACAGCUCAGCACUGAGGGCCGGUGUCGCCGGAGUCCCGCGCAGUCCGGCCUCCGAGCGAGCUAACAGCAUGUUGAGUCUCCCUUUAAUGAGGAUCCGCUGCAGGAGGCCGGCCGUGCAGCCAAAGCCCAUCCACAGAGUCUGUGACAUUUCUAAUCGGCUCUGUGACUUCUGCCGCCAUCUCCUCUGUCUGGAGCUUUGUCUCCACCCGUCUCUCUCCCUCUCUCUCUCUCUCUCUCUCAGUGGCCUUCCCAGCGAGGAAACAAGACCACAGCAACAUCUCAUUCUGGCGGGCUGCAUUGUAAGCCAGCUCCAAUUGAAACUUUUCCAGCUAAUUCCUCAGCCAGUUGCAAUGAAAGCCAGUGACUGUGCACACACACAGGUGCUCACACGGGGAUCUCUCAGUCCGUGGUGUUUAACGAUUGUCCCUUUGGCAGCGCUGCACCCUGAGCUCAUGUCAAACAGGCCUUCCUAUAGAUCUCCUGACUCUGAUUGACUGAAGUGAUUAGGCUGAUCUGCGUGAGCGGAUCCGGGCGACGGUUCAGCAUCCUCUGUGAUCGUUGCCUAAGAAAUCCAUAGCGUCUAAUUGCUGCUCCUGUACCCCCCAAAAAAUGCAACACAUCUCCCCCUCAGAGCCAGAAAGCGCGUUGCUCCGUUCGAUGGCGACUGUUCCGUGUCCCUGAGCGAUCUACGGCUGCUCAAUUAGCUCCUGCAGCAGUGACGCCUGUGUUCAUAUUGAUGCAAUGCUAAUGCUCCGACAUUUAAACAGUACCGGGGACGACAGCUCUUAAGAAGAACACAAAGCACACACACACACACACACACACACAGACACUAGCAGUGUGAGCAGAAUUUAUUUCCUUAUUUGCACCUUUUCCUAAAUGGGACCUUUGAAUUGACGGCGUCUCAUGGAAGACCUCGGCUAUUGAUUCAGACGAGAAAGAAAAAGACAUGUUUUGCUUUUUCGGAAAAUUGUCUCUUGAAAGUCUCGUUGCCUCGGCUCUCGGGCUUACUCUGUUUUUGUGUCGGGUCGCUCUAAGCCAGUCCUUUUUUAUUUUUCCUUUUCAUAUCCGCUCUUACCUGCUCUUUCCACAGGUCUUAUCUGAAAUCACUGGUCCAUUUUUAAAGAAACGUUACUGCUUUUUGUCAACCAGGGGAAAAUGAGGGAAAACACACAGAGUGAAAAACACAAGAAAAGAAACACAGGAAGAAAAACUCUGCUCGUUUCUUUGAAACAUCAUUCUGUGCUUUGUAUGGGCGUCGAGGGGUCACGGCAACUUUAUUCAGAGCUGAAUAUUAGAGCUGGCUUUAAUUAAUGCACAUUGGUCAUCUGUGUAAAAUAUAAGUACGGCUGCAGGUCUCUGACUGACGGCAGCACCGAUAUAGAAAAUAUAUCUCCUGUCUCAGUGUUAUUAACUUGCCACCCUCUGAGAAGAACACUAAUAGAACGAUUUAAUAACUUGCAUUUGGCCCUAAAGAAUAUGUUGUAUUUAGUCGGGGGCCCUCACGUGUGUUCGGCAUACUGGAACUGCUCAGCGCCUCGUUAAAGGGCACACUUUUAGCACUGGGAAAAGGUCAGAGCGGAAAGCAUGAACGAAGUUGACAUUCUGUAAUUAUAGAGAGCUGGAUGUGCUCACAACUCCACUCUGUGACCCGGCGAGCUCUGCGAUGUUAAGGAGUCAGCUCUGUUCAGACUCUAAGCACUUCACUUCUCCUCGGUUUUGCUCUUUUCUCUUUUCUUUUUCUCACUCCUGCAGGCAGUUUGGCCUGUGGCUGGCAGAAUGAAGCACCUGGUUACAAAUUGCCAAAAAAAAAAAUCCUCCUUCUGAGUUCCCUAAAAUGUUUUCUUAACGUUUUAGUCCAUGUGAAAGCAGAGAGUGAGGACGGGCUGUCUCUGCCUCUUCUCCAGUGUUUCACUCUCUGUUCGUCAACACUACCAGCCUGUUUUGCAGGUAACCCCCAUCAUGCAGAGGUGCUGUUCAGUGCAUGCACUGAGCUGUACGUGUACCUGCAGCAUCAGCAUCAGCAGCAGCUCUGAGCUCAGACAGCGUCUCAUGAGAUGUAUAAUUCCCUCUCCAUUAAACAACACUACCUGUUCAUGACGCUCACUGUUAGAAGAUCACGUUAUUGCGUUCUCUGGUAACAAUAUUCAGCGACAAAAUGUAAAACCGCUGACUUCUUCAGUUGCAAAUUUUAAUUAGUUUCCCCACAAAGCAGAGAUCUCAUUUCUAUGAAUCUGUUCUUGGGCUGAUUCAGAUGUACUGUAGUAAUAUUUUUACACAGAAUGAAGAUUGUUUUCUUUUUGUAAAUGAAUGUAAAAUGAAAAUUCCCCCGUGCAGCCACGGUGGAUCUGUAAACUGGAGCUCGCUGGGCGUGGCGGCGCUCUGUAAGUCCCAGCAGCCUGCUGUCAUCAGUUCCUCUCUGGCCUGAGGUGACAGGGCGGUUCAGUGGUUAACACAGACAGCACAGUACCUGAGAGGUCACGGGUCACACCUUGUAAGAGCUGGUUUGGCCUUGCUGAAGAUGUAUCGAGAAAGACACUGGACUUGUAACGAAGGUGUGAGGCCUGUGACCUGCCUCGCAAAACAUUUCUGCUUGAUGGUUCACAGAAGCAGAUCCUGGGUCUGCGUUUAGUUUCUUCCUGAUCUAUUUUACGUUUCUUUGACAAACGACUAUUUAUUUGAUUUGGCCCGUCUGACCCAUUUCAAACUGCAAUACCAGCAGACCGAUGGAAAGGCGAAGUCUAUCAUCUGUAAACGCUGUUUGACCCAGAUCUGUUGUCAGCAGCCUCACACUGGGUUCCUACGCAUGUCUGCCGAGUCUCAGAGCAUCAAAUGUGAUUAGGAAUAUUAUGAAAAAAACAUCUGCAUUUUAUUUGAGCGGUUUCUCCACCUGGUCCACCCACGCACACGGUUAUUUAUUUUUGGCUGAUCUGACAUCUUUUCAGGUGCGUUCUUUUUUAAUUUGGUUCCACCUGUUCUGCAGAAUCACGUCUAUGAUGGGUCCAGCUGGACCAACAUGUUUCCAGAUUCAUUUGGUCUAAUUA